UCAUCUGAAUGCCGAUGUGGAACCACAGCGACUAACGGUACCGAAUGGUCACAUUGAUAAAAAAGUCGAAUCUCCAAAGAAGACGGACAAUAUCAAGGGGAAUUUACAAUGCAGUAAACUAUGUGAAGAUAAAGUAGUUCAACCGAUGAACGGAACCUACAAUUGCAAACGAUGUCGGAAAGCUUGUUUACCUCACGAACUGGUCGAGCGUGCUGGCAGUUUUUAUCACCGUAACUGUGUCCGUUGUGCUGUAUGUAAUCAACUGGUCAGGUAUCCAAAGACAUUCCAAACGAAACGCAUUUCAAUCCCACCACUGGCAGAGUUGUUACCAGUGCA